AUGGACGAGGACGGGCUGCCUAUAGUGGGCUCCGGCAUUGACCUCACGAAGGUUCCUGCUAUACAGCAGAAAAGAACUGUAGCAUUUCUAAACCAGUUUGUGGUUCACACGGUGCAGUUUCUCAACCGCUUUUCUACGGUAUGUGAAGAGAAAUUGUCGGCACUCUCUCUCCGUAUCCAGCAAAUUGAAACGACACUCAAUAUUUUGGAUGCAAAGUUAUCCUCUAUUCCUGGCCUAGAGGAUGUCAAAUUUGAAGUAUCCAGUACAAAUAUAAAUAGUGUUACAAAUGGUCCUGUGGCAGAAGCUACUACGGAUCAACAGCCAGCUCAGAACAGUAUGCAUGAAGAAGGCUUACAGAAAACGGAGGCAGUAACAGAAAAUGUCAUAACUGUGUCCAAGGAUCCAAGAUAUGCCAGAUAUCUCAAAAUGGUACAAGUGGGUGUUCCUGUAAUGGCAAUACGAAACAAAAUGAUUUCUGAAGGGCUAAAUCCAGAUCUUCUCGAGACCCCAAAUGCCCCUGUGCCUGCCUGGGGAGAUGAUGGGAAAGCAGAAGACAGUUCUGACAGUGAAUCUUCAUUUAGUGACUAACAAGACUUUUUGACCUUCAGAAACCUCUGUUAAAUGCUAAUGUGCUUGGAGCUUUAGCAUACUGUGAUUUUGCAUGGGUCACAUGAGUGACAUGAUUUAUCUGACAGCAUUUUUAAGAACUAGGAUCCUCCAUGUUCUCUCCCAGAAGGUUUGAACAGGCAACGUCCUUCAACUGGAAUCUUUUCCACCAGGAAAAGGAAUUAUGAGAUCCUUGCAAUUUUUCUACUGCAUUAUUCAAGAUUACUUUCUGAUUCUUCUGAAAUGCUGUCGGCCAGGCAAUCUUUCAUAUUCUGGUAUUUCACAUUCUUCCUGAGACCAAGAGAAGACUAAAACUGAAACAAGAUCUUAAGUAUGUAAAUGUGUUAGCUUUUAUGACCAAGUCUUCAUUGUCUUAGGUAUUUAUGCUACAUCAGUAGGUUAACUGCUGUUUUUUUCCUGUAACAGCUUCCGUUUGAGUCUAGUAGACCUAUUUAAUCUCUUUAUAACCAGUAAAACAGAUUAAUGCUUGAAUCCCCACGAAAACAUAUAUGCCCUAGAGAAUGCCCAGAGAUGGCAUUUCAGUGAUGAAUUCAGUAUUAUUGGACACUCAGUAGUUAACACUUGGUAAAAGACAACAUAUCACCAUAUUAGCAAUAAGUCUUUCAAAGAUAAAUGUUAAAAUGUUAUUUGAGAAAGCAUAUAUUGAAGUACUGCUGACUUUUCUUAAGUCUGUAUUUGAAAACUCAUUGAAGCAAUCUGUACACCAAGGUUGUGAUU